UCUUCGAGUUUCGAUCGUGGCUAACGCACCUGCGCGCGGAUCGUCUACGAUCGUAUGGGAAAAGUGAACUGCAUUUAAAUUCAAAUCAACUAAGAGAAAAUAAAAAUUCCAUAAAUUUUUACACAAAUUCAUCUACGAAAUUGCGCAUUAAAAAACAAAGUUAAAGUGCCACUUAAAAAACACAGGUUCUACUUUGAAAAACAAAAAACAAUGCUGAAUGCUUAAAAAAGUACAAAACAAGUAAGCAUAAAGUUGUUCAAAAAAACUACUUGGAUACUUGAGGCCGCAAAGAUAGAGCUGAAAGAGCCCCAGGCUUUCUUCUGUUUAACCCACAGUUCCAACGGAAUGUGAAGAGGAGUCUCCUCCACGAAAAUGCCCACGGAAAGCUCAGCCAGCGAGAUCUCCGGCGGAGGAGGAGGUGGCGGUGGUGCCAUACCCAUGAUGCGACCUUCCCGAAUGGAUCAGUUCAUGACCUCGAUGGCGGCGGCUGCGGCUGCGGUGGGUGGUGGUGGUGCGGUGGCGGACAGAAAUGGUGGUGGAUCGGGAGGAUCGGAUGGUGGCUCCCAGAAUGGCGGCGAUUCGCGCAAUUCAUCGGCCAGCCGGAUCUCGGCAUAUGAAACACAGCUGGCCUAUCAGCAGCAUUUGGCCGGACUGCAGCCACCGCCGCACCACCGUGAGAUCUCCGCCUUCGUGCCCGUCUUGCCCACCGGCAAAGUCCGCCCGGGCAGUAAUUCCAACUACGAAAUCAUUGCCAUGAUGGCGGACAAGCGAAAGGAGUUGGCCCUGAGGGAGGCGGCUGCGGCGGCUGCCAUGUUGGGCAGAGGUCCUGGCGGACCAGGAGGUCCUGGUGUGCCACCGCCGGGUGUUUUAUACGGACCCGCUGGCGUCCCACCGCCGCCAUAUCUCACUGGACCGGGUCCGUCGCCCACCGGAGCCGGCAGUUUUCCAUUUCCCCCGGCCGCCGCCGCCGCAGCACUUUUUCCACCCGGCUUGGGUCCUGGCAUGCACGCCGGGCUCGACCGGCGUCUGCUCAGAGCGCCGGGCCGCGCUUCACGGCCCAAAAAGCAAUUCAUCUGCAAGUUCUGCAACCGACAGUUCACCAAGUCGUACAAUCUGCUCAUCCACGAGCGGACGCACACCGACGAGCGGCCCUACUCCUGUGAUAUCUGCGGCAAGGCGUUCCGGCGACAGGAUCACCUCAGGGAUCACAGGUACAUCCACUCCAAGGAGAAACCCUUCAAAUGCACGGAAUGCGGCAAGGGCUUCUGCCAAUCGAGGACUUUGGCUGUCCACAAGAUCCUGCACAUGGAGGAGUCGCCACACAAGUGUCCCGUAUGCAGUCGAUCCUUCAAUCAGCGCUCCAACCUAAAAACCCAUCUGCUCACCCACACGGACCACAAACCCUACGAGUGUUCGUCGUGCGGCAAAGUUUUCCGUCGCAAUUGCGAUCUGCGACGCCAUGCCCUGACCCAUGCAGUGGGUGAGGUGAAUUCCGGUGAUUUUGUGGAUGUCGGCGAGGAAGAUGAGGCCCGAAAUUUGAGUGGUGACGAAGAGGACUCGCUGCUGGAGGUGGAUUCGCCACGCCAAUCGCCAGUGCACAAUUUGGGUGCAGCGGAAAAGUCGGAAAGCGAAAGAAUGCGACUGAAGCGUAAGGCGGUUGUGGAUCAGGAGGAGAGUGAAGAGGAAUUCGACGAGUUCGAUGAGGAAGAGGAGCUGCCGGACAUGCCACAAGCUCAUGAACUGGCCAGUAGGGAGGAUGAGGAGGACUUUGCCGAGGCCGAGGACGAGGAACAGGCGGAGGUGGCUCUGGUGGCUCGAUUCCAAGCGGGCAGGGCAGCAGCAGCAGCAGCCUCAACGUCUCUGCCCCCAACUUCUACAGUGGGUCUGGGUCUGGGUUUGGCCAUUGGCAAGCCGGAACGCCAGGGCGUUACCCAUUGUCAUCAUGAGGGUGGCGAGACCUACACAAUGCGACCACAUGGCGAAAAGCAGCUGGAAGAGAUGGCAAACCCUGGCAUUUUGAGCCUGCCUAUGCCAGCAUCCUUUGUGCGAUAUCCACCAGCUGGAGCACCACCAACUGCAGCACCACCACCCAGCCAUCACCCCGCCCAGGGGCAUCCCCACUUACUGCCACCCAACGGAGAUCCCUAUUUACCCAUUCUCCAUGUUCGACGCGAUUUGCACCACAAGAGUUUGAACCUUUCGAAGGGUGCACCCGCACCCACGCCACCCACUAUAAUCACCCAAUCGGAAGCGAGUAAGCCACCCAAUCAACCUUUGCAUUCACCACACGAGGCCAUGCCCAGUUUUUUGGGCUCGAUUCCCAUGCGCAAGAGGAUCCUGCCAGCACCCGCUUUGGACUUAAUGGAUCCCCACCACUUGGGUCAGAGGUCGUUCGUGGAUAAUCCCAGUUUAUACGCACUGAAUAUGUCGCGACAUCCACCCAGGCAACUUUUGGUUAAGCCACCGAGUACAGAGACUGGUGGAGCGAGCAGUGAAAAGGCAGCAGCAACCACAGGGGGACCUCCUGUGACAGCACCAGCCAUAGCGCCGCCACCACCACUACCUGCACCACCCAGAAGAACGGGCUUCAGCAUUGAGGAUAUAAUGAGACGUUAGAAGUUCUAUCGUAAUAAAAAAAAACAUCAAUUUGUAAUUGAAAUACAACAACAUUAACUAUAAAACUAUUUAUCAGAAAUAUCUAGGCAUUUGAAAGUUGUAUUGCCUACUUUCGGGCAGCAUUCCAGAUUUUUUAUUUUUUAUUUUAAAUAAACAUUAACAUUUCAAGUAAAAAAAUAAAAAAAUCCCCAAAUUACUACAUUCCAUGUAAAGAUAACUAUUUGUCAAAAGUAUUGCGUAAUUUCAAAUCACUUGAAAAGAGUAAUUGCACUUCAGGAGGUUAUAAAUAACCACCAUCCCUAAAACUUUUAAAUUUGUUUAAAGAUCUAGUUUUGCUAUUUUCAAAACUCUGAUCAGGUGUAAUUUGCUUGAAAUCUGAAAUGUUAAUACGCCAAUUUCCAUCGAAAUGGAAUUGAAAAUCUGCGCUUUUACAAAAAAAAACAAAACAAAACAAAAAAUUGUUCCCAAUGGCCAAACGAGGGUAAUUCCCCAUUUGGACCCACAAGCACGUUAAACAUUAAUUUAGUGCUACGUUUUAGUACAUUUUAGUACAAUGUCUAGGCAAGGCAAUAAGCCUAAACUUAGAAUUAAGUACAGUUACUAUCCCCUAUAAGCGAUAAUUGUUGCAUUUUAUAGAACAUAGCUUAAAUCUACCCAUUUUAAAGUGUAAGCCUGUAGUACGAGAGAGUCUAUCGAUUAGUUUUUUAUGCGUGGCCCAACACUAAGUGUUGCUGUUUGAGUGAAUUCCAAGUUUUUAUUUAUGUUUCCCUAUCCGGUAAGCUAAUCUUAAUGAGUAAACAAAAUCGUAAAUCGAUUUUGCUGUAGGGAAAAAAAUGGUUGAAAGUAAAAGUUAUGUGUAAGACAGAGGAGCAUUAAACGAAAUCAAAACUACAAGCAACAUUCCAGUUGAACCUAUAAUGUAAUGUAGGCAUAUUUUUUAAGAGUUUUUGUAGUAGUUUAUGUAAGCAGUCCCCAUAGCAUUCCAUGGUCUUCCUUGAAUUUUAAAUGAUUUUAUUCAAACCAUAGCGAGUUAGUUUAUUUCAAAUAAAGUUUGCAUUAAUAUUGAA